UGUGUGUGUGUGUGUGUGUGUGUGUGUGAGAUGGUGGUUAACCUGAUUAGCUGAGCAAUAACUCAGGAUACAAAUAGCAGCCUUUUACUGCGUGUCAACACUCCGUGUCUCUUUCUCUGUCUCACACCUCAGCGUGAUCAGCUGGACCAGACUUCACUGAUUGGCCACAAUGAGUCCGAAGAAUGUCAUCUUUAAGAAAGCGUGCAAAGAUAAGUCGGUGGCUGUGUAUAUGGGGAGACGAGAUUUUGUUGAUCAUGUUGAUUCAGUGGAUCCAGUGGAUGGUGUUGUUCUAAUAGACCCUGAGCUUCUGAAAGGCAAAAAAGCAUACGUCACCCUGUCCUGUACGUUCCGCUACGGGCGAGACGACAUGGAUGUGAUGGGCAUAGCUUUCCGGAGAGACAUUUACCUCUCCACCCGGCAGAUCUACCCCCCUCUGCAGGACAGGGAGCAGUGCACUCUCACCAAGGGGCAGGAGAAACUGCUACGCAAACUGGGCUACAAUGCAUACCCCUUUUUCUUUGAAUUCCCUGAUAAUCUGCCCUGCUCCGUGGGACUGCAGCCGGCUCCUACCGAUGUGGGCAAGCACUGUGCUGUAGAGUUCGAGGUGAAGGUCUUCAGCGCUGAGAACCUGGACGCCAAAGUCCGCAAGAGGAGUACAGUACGUCUGAUGAUCCGUAAGGUCCAAUACGCUCCGGAGAAAUCCGGUCCCGCGCCUUCAGUCUCUGUCACCCGUGACUUCCUCAUGUCCGACAAACCUCUGCACGUGGAAGCGAGCCUGCAGAAGCAGACAUAUUAUCAUGGUGAGCCGAUCAAGGUACAGGUCAACAUCAACAAUGAGUCCAACAAGAAUGUGAAGAACAUUAUUAUUUCUGUGGAUCAAACUGCCAACGUUGUUCUUUACUCCAACGACAGCUACAUGAAGUCAGUGGCCAUAGAGGAUUCUGGAGACACCUUGGGUCCAGGUGGCAAAAUGGAGAAAGUGUAUACACUCUGCCCCCUUCUGGCCAACAACAAGGAAAGGCGGGGAAUUGCGCUGGAUGGAAAACUGAAGCAUGAAGACACCAAUCUGGCCUCGACUAGCAUAAUUAAAGAGGGAGUCCUGAAGGAGGUCUUGGGGAUUCUGGUGUCCUACAGAAUCAUGGUAAAGCUCAUCAUGGGAGGGCUGAUGGGACCCGGUGAGAUUGGGCUGGAGUUGCCGUUCCAACUGAUGCACCCGAAGCCUGAAGCAGUGAGAGAAAGUGAGCUGGACGACGAUAUGGUGUUUGAAGAUUUCAAGCGCUCUUUUAUGAAGGGCAUGACGGAGGAUGAAGAAGAAGGGAAUAUUUCUGCUGGGGAGCCUUAAGAAAUCUUUGAGGAACCAGCCACUAUCUGGACAUUAUGGCCAGCCUUCUGGAGAUGAUAGAGAGAGGAGCGAGAUCAAGAGUGAUCCACAAUGAAGAUCAGAAAUACACUGAGAUGAGUUGUGUUCUUCCUGUAGCGCACUAGAACAAACACUGGCUCUUGGUCUUUGAUCUUUUGUGAGUUGUUUUAUGUUGAAUCAUAGUUUUGGAAAAGUCAUCACUUCUUUCCAAAUUGAAGUAGGUGAACGGUGUUUGGAGAGUGAUUUUAGACCUUUUAGUUAACACUUUCAGUAUCUGCAAGAUAGCAGAUAUAAUAGAUGCCAUAAUUUAGGAUUUAUGUCAUUAUAUCAGAAAGAAAAGUCCAUUGUAUCUAUUUUGUCAUUUUAAAACAGUUCUUUAUUACAUUAUCAUAUAAUAAUAAAGACAAAAGAU